AUGGCACAACUAGCACAGGCAGCGACUCUUCGCGACCAGUUAAAAAAGGAAUUAUCUGCAUCCUCAUCUAAUCUAGACAAGUGUGGUCAACUCCUCUCUCAGCUAAAAGUGCUAUUAACUCAGUUGAGUUUCCUGGUCGUUGAUGCUAGCAGAGCCCCAGAUGGAAAGGAAUUAAUAUUGGCACGAGAUGUAUUGGAAUUGGGUGCUCAUUAUGCCAUAAAGACUGGACAGAUUGACGAGUUUGAAAGAUACAUGUCUCAGCUAAAGACUUAUUACAACGACUACAGAACCCUACUCCCGCAAUCUGAAAAACAAUACUCACUAUUGGGCCUCAAUUUACUCAACUUGCUCGCUCAAAACAGGAUUGGUGAAUUCCAUACUGAAUUGGAAUCACUGCCACCAGAUGAAUUGACUAAAAACAUGUACAUACGGCAUCCUGUUGAAGUCGAACAGUCUCUUAUGGAGGGUUCCUAUGGCAAGGUCGUGCAUUCCAGAGAGAAUGUACCCGCUGCUGAUUAUGCUUUCUUCAUGGAUAUCCUUAUGGGAACCAUCAGAGAUGAGAUUGCAAGUUGUAGUGCCAAAGCAUACAGCAGCCUUCCGAUUCCUGAUGCUGUAACAUUGUUAUACUUCAAGACUCGCGAGGAAGUGCUUGAAUUCGCAAAAAGGAAGGACUGGAAUGUGAAUUUGAAGGAGAACAAGAUCUCGUUUGCCGUAUCUGAUGGUGGACAUCACGAGAUACCUGCUGAAAAGAUGAUUCGUCAAACAUUGAGUUAUGCUCGUGAAUUAGAACGAAUUGUAUAG